UCAGACCUUCUUCUUCUUCUUCACCGAGUCAUUCAUUUCUUCUGUAAGCGGUUUUCAUCAAGCAGCCAGACAAAACUUUUAACGAUCUAUCUUCGAACAAGGAUACUUCUUCAUUACCAUGGCAACCAGAAAUGCUUUGAGAAUUGUGUCUCGUAGGUUCUCUAGUGGCAAAGUUCUGAGCGAAGAGGAGAAAGCUGCUGAGAACGUUUUCAUUAAGAAAAUGGAGCAGGAGAAGCUUGAGAAGAUAGCGCGACAGGGUCCGGGAGAACAAGCAGCAGGUGAAGCAAAGGCAGCUAGUGGUGCAACAUCAACAGCAUCGGCUGAGUCAGGCCCAAAGGUGUCAGAAGACAAGAACAGAAACUAUGCAGUGGUGGCGGGUGUGGUGACUGUUUUCGGAGCAAUUGGUUGGUACCUGAAAUCAGGUGGAAAGAAGCAGCCAGAGGUCCAAGAGUAAUCGAAGUGAUUGAUGAUGGACUAGUGAGUGAAUAAAACAGGAAGUGGCAUUACACUCAUUCCUCUCUUGUGAGAAACUUUUGGAAUCAAAACAUCAUGUUGUUGCUCUCUUUGUUUUUGGUUAAUCGUGAAACAGUUUUUUUCGGAUUUUUGACUUUUUUUAGUUUCCGAAUCUUAACUCCAUAGACUUUUCAGAUC